ACAUUAAUUUACACUGUGAAUUCUCGUAGGUUUGGUGUGGAAGAUGAGUUGUCUCAGAUUGCAAAAGCGGCUUGCUGCUGCUGUAUUGAAAUGUGGAAAACGAAAAGUGUGGCUGGAUCCUAAUGAAAUGAGUGAAAUUGCUAAUGCUAAUUCAAGACAGAACAUUCGUAAGUUAAUCAAAGAUGGUUUGAUUAUUCGAAAACCAGUUGCAGUUCAUUCCCGUGCUCGAGUACGCAAAAAUAAAGAAGCCAGACGAAAAGGUCGUCACUGUGGUCCUGGAAAAAGGAAGGGUACCGCAAAUGCUCGUAUGCCGAAAAAAGUUGUAUGGAUUCGUCGUAUGAGAGUGCUAAGGAGACUUCUUAAAAAGUACAGAGAAGCUAAAAAAAUUGAUAGACAUUUGUACCAUGAACUGUACAUGAAAGCCAAAGGUAAUGUGUUUAAAAAUAAGAGGGUUCUCAUGGAGUUCAUACAUCGUAAAAAGGCAGAGAAGUCAAGAUCCAAAAUGCUGUUGGACCAGGCUGAGGCUAGACGUCAAAAAGUUCGUGAAGCUCGUCGCCGUCGUGAGGAAAGACAGCAACAGAAGAGGGCUGAGUUGUUGCAAGCUUUCCAGAAAGAGGAGGAGGCUGUAAAAAAAUAAAAUAUUUGUUGUGAAUAAUUGACUAAAUAAAAAUAUAUCCCUUUGUGAAGGGAUUUAUACAUAAGUA